UGUUCUUUCACUCUCAUCUGAUAUGCAAUGUCUCACCAUGACAUGAAGAUAACACUUGCAUUGUUCACUUAAACUGAGCAGGCAGCCACAUCAGAUUUGAUUUUUUCUCUCUCUUGGUAAUUCAUUUUUCCCUCCACAACUUCUUUGGUUCUUGUUGGAUUUAGGAGGAUUUUUAUUUUUUAUUUUUUUGCAAUUUUUAUUUAAUUUUUUUAAAUUUAUAUAAGAAAAACACAUUUUGGAAAUUACUUGGAUGCAGCGGCUCCAGCAGCUCAGAAGAGAUGUCAUCUUUACUUUCUCACAGCAAAGAUCAGCCACGCAUCAGAAAGUCGCUCUCUGACUCUUGUCCAGCUCCGUCCACGGCUGCCACCAGGAGCCUGGGGCAUGACAGACUGACGAGACUGAGCUCAUCCGGGUCAUCGGACGCUUCCAGUGACAAAUCGACAAACCACGCCGAGUCCUACUUCUUACGGAGGGAGAACAGGCUCUCUGCGAAGAAGAAGGCCGAGGAGGAGACGCUGAACAGCGAUUACAAAAAGAUGUAUGAAAAAGCUCUGGCUACAAAUCAACGGCUCAAGUCCCGACUGGAAACCAGUAAACAGGAGCUGACCGUGAUCCAGAACCAGCUGCAGAGAGCGCAGAAGGAAGGAUCCAAUGAUUGUGGUUCCAAUGUGCUUGAAGCAGAAAAAAAGGAAAGUUGGAGCCUUAAAAAAAGGAUAUCAGAUAUGGAAGAACAGUUGAAGGUUAAAGCAGAGCUGAAGAUGGAAAACCAGAGACUGAAGGAUGAGAACGGGGCUUUAAUCCGUGUCAUCACAAAACUGUCCAAGUGAGACGGGGAGCAGGAGGGGGAGACGAGGCGGGGAGGACUCCUGAAGUCGUAUUUAUACCUGUGUUCUGUGUACAUUGAAACAUAAAUCCUUCCUGUAAAAGGAUCUAGCUACAUAGUUGUGGAAACUUGAACCCAUUUAGAUGGUGUUUUUUUUUUUUUUUUUGGUGCUGAAUGACAGAGAUGCCUAAAAAGGAAGCAUGACUGCUUUCAAUCGCAUGUUCAGUGUCACGAGUAAAUCUUACAGGUGUCAGACUGCAAAUGUGUGUACAACAGUAACACAUCCCUGAAAUAAAUUAACAUUUAUACUAUUUCCAGAAUACUUCUGAGUGCCAGUUCUUGUUUUAUAUGCUUGUUCUACCUAAAGUCGAAAUGUUAAUGAUCAGACAGCCACCAAGCACAUCCCUGCAGACAAAUGUACAAAAUCUUGCAGGUAUUUUCAUUGUGGUAUUACCAUGGAAACUGCAUGCAGACUCUGAAAUCUGGCUCCAGGCUCGCCGAGGACAGAAAAUGAUAAAUGAACUCGGUGGAGUCAUCCCUGAUUUGAAAGCUUGACCUUGACAGAUGCUAUCACAACGGACACGCUUUUACUCCAACACACAGGAACAGAAAUGCAAUCAAAUGCCCCAAAAUUCUUCAUAGAGAGAAAGAAGAAGAAAAAAAUGUUUGUUUGGCUCAGGGUCCAGCAGAGAAGACAGAAAUGAAAUAUGCGUUGGCAACGUCAGUGAAGGCACAACCUAAGCCUACCUGGCUUUUGUUGUGAUCCUUCCAUCCAUCGUCUAUUGAUCUUUAUCCAACCUGAGGUCACCGGGAACUGGAGCUGAUCCUCGCUGGUAUGAGCCAAGGCAGAGUACAGUCCGUCACAGAAAGACACCACUCACAUUCUCACCGAUGGUCAAUUUAGAGCUAUGACUUAACCUAAAGUUGAACAAAACUGGAGGACGAGGAGAAAACACACACAGAACAUGCAAACCCCAGGGGCAAAGGUUAUUCUAUCAGUUACUGUUAUUGAUAUCUCUAUUAAUGUAUUUUUAUUUUUUUACAAGAUGUUAAAUAAGUAUAACAAGUAACUGUUUUGCUGUUUUCAUCCAUAUUUUGCUUGAUCAGGACACAGUAAAGAUGAUUCAUAAGCAUUACAUGAGUUGAGUUUUGCAUUUAAGGUUAAGGUGAAGACUUGAGUUGGCAAACAAACAUGCAGCCAUGUUGAUAUUCUGUGCAACACAACCAUGAUAGUGUAUUCUAAGCUAUAUUUCGGAAGGAUGUUUUGAUUCCUGCUUUUCGCCACGGACAUGAUACUGUACGUUUCCAAUUAGUGAGUUUUAGGAGAAAAAAUAUUGUUGUGGUCAUUGCUGGAUUAGCAGGGAGAGUUGUCUUUAUUUGUUAUGAUUAAUGACUGUUUGAAACGGCGGUGCGUAGGAGAGCGAUACAUACGGUGAACUGCCUUGAGCUGCUGUGCUUAAUAUCAACACCGAAUGACUAAUUGUUGCAUAAUAAAUGUUAUUUUGUCAACAGAUAGGCUACAGUAUAAUCACAAAUCCAACUGUUCUCAUCUCAGUCUCGGUGAAGGAUGGUCGGUCACACUUUGAAUCCUCAUCUUUUCAUCAAUCCCAGACAUUUCACCCAGCCUGAUUGAAAUGCAUUAUUUCAUAACAUUUGAUUGAGAUUUCAUUAUUACAAGAAAAGUGUGUCGACUGUGUCACUGUGAAAUUUCCUGGACAAGCUUUAGAAUUGUAGAUUACUA